CACGCAGGCGGCCCCGGGGCCGAGGCUCUGGGGGGCGCGGGCUGGGCGGUGACCUCCGUUUUCCCUGGAGAGCCCCCGGCCCGUGAGGUGCCCGUCUGCGGGAGCAGCAGGUCACGGAGCACGGGAGUCGCAGAGGACAGCGGCAAGAUCGUGCUCGUUUGCACCCUUGAAAUAAGCCUUAGGACUGGGGUACAGGGGACACACACGCGCCUACAUUUGUUUUUAAGUGGCCUGGUGUUCGGAUGUACCAGAAAAGAGGAUGGGCUUUCGCGAAGAGUGAGAACUCAGGAUCUUUUUUGUACUUUUUUUGGGGGGGGUGGGGGGCAGGCCUGUUUCCCUGAAAUUGACAGAGGCCGGGAGGAGGAAGGAGCGUUAUCAGGGUCAUCCCAGGAAAAAACUUGAACUUUUCUAGCGCUUAUGUAUUCUUAGGGCUUCGGCAGAAACGAAACAAAGAGUUUAAAAAGCUGUCUCAGAAGCCUACAUUUAGGUUGGUUUUUUUAUGUGUUGGGGGAGGGACUAGAAUCCCCCCCCCCCCGCUCCCCGUUCUUUUAAACCUAAGGAGGUAUAGUAAUUUUCUCACCAGUUUGGAGGAUGGCAGGACGUUGUCUCUUAGAAGCCCCCCCACUACCACUUCUCCCCUGUGGUGUAAUGAUGGUUUUUUUUAUGUUUGUAUAGUUUUGGAAAACACUUAAUUUUCUUCUUUGGACAAACUUGCAAGGUUUAUUGUAUUGUUCUAGAAUCCAAAUUAACAAACGAAGUCUCGGCAAUAUAGUGAUUUGUACAAGGGGAAAAACUGGCUUUUUUUUGAGGGGGGAAACAGUCACGCUGUGUAGUUUUUAGACUGGGUUUGAACUCACUAUGUAGCCCAGGCUGAUCGUGAGCUUCCUGCCUCUGCCUCCUAAGUGCUGGAUUACAGGUGUGUGCCACCAUGCUCACCUGAACUGGUUUUCUGAUACCCAGUGCAGGAGCCUUCUGACUAACUUCACACUUUGAGCAGCAAGACUUAAGCCACAUACUAAUUGUAUUACCCAAGGUGACAGAAUUAGUCCUUGAUAAUUGCCUGUGUGUCAAUGGGGAAAUUGAGGGCCUGAAUGACACUUUUAAAGAACUAGAAUUUCUGAGUAUGGCUAACGUGGCAUUAAGUUCACUGGCCCAGCUUCCCAGCCUCAAUAAACUUCGGAAGUUGGAGCUCAGUGACAAUGCAAUUUCUGGAGGAUUGGAAGUGUUGGCGCAGAAGUGUCCCAACCUUACCUACCUCAAUCUGAGUGGAAACAAAAUCAAAGAUUUGAGCACAGUAGAAGCUCUGCAAAAUCUUAAAAAUCUAAAAAGUCUGGAUUUGUUUAACUGUGAGAUCACAAACCUGGAAGAUUACAGAGAAAGUAUUUUUGAACUGCUGCAGCAAAUCACGUACUUAGAUGGAUAUGAUCAGGAAGAUAAUGAAGCCCCAGACUCUGAAGAGGAUGAUGAUGAAGAUGGAGAUGAAGAUGAUGAAGAUGAGGCUGGUCUCCCUGAAGGGUAUGAAGAGGAAGAGGAGGAAGAUGAGGAUGAAGAUGAGGAGGAAGAUGAAGCAGGCUCAGAACUGGGAGAGGGAGAAGAAGAAGUGGGCCUCUCAUACUUAAUGAAAGAAGAAAUUCAGGAUGAAGAGGAUGAUGAUGACUAUGUUGAAGAAGGAGAAGAGGAGGAGGAAGAGGAAGAAGAAGGUCUUAGGGGGGAGAAGAGGAAACGAGAUGCUGAUGACGAGGGAGAGGAGGAAGAGGACUAGGUCACUCUAAGGGCGCAUUCCCUAGCGUUCCUGGGUGUGCAAUCGAGUGGUCACAUCUUUGUUCCUUCCUGUAUGAUAGCUGUUCCCUGCAGAAGAUAAUGUGCAACUUUUUAUAGGAAAAUUGUGGUUUUACUAUUUUUGCCUUAUCAUUCCAAUUAAGAUUUACUAGUCUGUUAAAGAUCAGAUUGUAUGUAGAGAAAAAUUUUCAUUGCUCCCCACCAUCGUGAAAUUCUCUAGCAAUUUAUUUAGAAUCUUAAUUUUUCUAAUUCAAGCACACUGUAUUAGUCAUUUUUAGCCCAUAAUUAAACAUCACUUUUACACAGGUGUAGUUUGGUGCAUUUCAUUCAUAAGGUUUUAAAGUUAUUUAUAAAUUAACUGAAAUUACAGUCAGCUAUAAUAUGAAAUGACAAAAGUCUCUUGAAUGAUAAGUUCAUUAUUUUUUUUAGAAGUGAUGCAGAGACCUUUGGUUUGAAGGCAGUGACUUACCGGCUAAGGGUAUUUGGAUGCUUGUUACACGAGUUAAGCUGGAAAGCAGAUGCAGGAUAAUACAGGUUCUAUUCAGCAGUGUAUUUCGUGGAUAUUUUGGGGGGUGCUAUUCAGAAAUUAAUGUAGUUCAUGGAUUUUGUGGUGACUGAUAAGAUGUUACUUUUUAAGGAAAAAUUGCUUAUACUAAGUCUGAGGCAUGCAGUGAGCCCUUUCCUGAGAUGCCAGCGGUUGUUUGUUUUGUUUUAGGUUCAUGUUCUUUCUCCUCUUAGCAACUUCUGUGGUCUCCUUCCCUUCUUGUUUCACUCAUCUUUCUGUCCCAGCAGAAGGUUGGGCAACUUGUGGAUUCCCAGAAAACCUUUAGUCUCAUACCUCAGUCACCUUUUCAGACCUGUCCAGUUUUAAAUAAGUGAGGAAGAAAUUGAGUAUUUUUUGAGAUCUGAAUAUUGUUGAUAGUUUUAUUCAACAGAUUCUACUUACUGUAAAUGUUUCUGGGUUGACAACAUGGGAGACCAUUAUUAGGAUGAAGAAAGGAGAAACAAGCGAGGCCUUUGGAAGUAGUAUUAAUGUUUCUCAAAAAUCUAGGGCCAGGGAUUUAGCUCAGUGGUUUUGUCACCUGCUGCACAAGCACAAGGACCUGAGUUCCAUUCCCGGUACCAAAAAAAAAAAAUCUGAACCAUUGCCUAUUGAUAAUUAAAUUUAAAUUGGCUUCCCAAAGGAUUUGGAUACUAACCCUGUGAAGUAUUUAUAGUUUUUCUCAGUAGAACUUUAAUUAUUCUUCCUGUAGUUUUAACGCUUUACCAGAUAUAACAUUUUUGGAGUAUGGUAGGUAGUUGAAAAAGUUUUUGAAACUAAAUAUUAAGGGUUAUUUUCAAGCUGAUGUUCAUUACAAAUAGAACAAUAUUUGAGAUAAGUAUGAGUGUGUGUUUAUAUGGCUACUAAACAGACCCUGACGGGACAAGUCCCUCUCCCUUUUUGUCAAGGAGCCACCAUGUCCAAGGCAUUGGCCGUCUGAAAUUUUUUCUCUUUGUUUUGAAUAUUUGUAAGUUUUAAAAAAGUGUCAGCAAAUUGAAGUUAUGCUUCUCUACUGGGACACAUUCAAACCAGUAUGGUAUUGCUGCUCCUUUUUUAGUUUAAAAUGGAGGACUUGGCAUUUUUUUUUUUUUGUACCGGGGAUUGAACUCGGGUCCUUGCGGUUGCACACCAGGUGGCGAAACCACUGAGCUAAAUCCCCGGCCAACUUGGCGUUUUUAAAGUAAAAAUUAUGAAGUUAUUUGUGGAGAAACAAAAAGUUACACAACUGGCUGAAAACACUGGGGAUAAAUUUAUCAGGGGCCAGAAUCUCCUAACAUUUUUCCCCUAAUUUAACAAUUGGAAUGCCCUGUUUAGUCCCUAAGGUUUCUCACUGGAUACUAUGCCAUCUUAGAAGAUACGUAUUUUUAAAAUUAAAUCUAUAUAUUGACUUAAUCAAUCAUUUUAUUGUGCAAUCAUAAUUAGAGUUCUUUGGUUUGAAAACGGCAUGUAGAGCCUCCAGAUAAAUUUUAAGACUUAUGGGCCAGGGAUUUAGCUCAGUGGUUCUGGCACCAGCCUCACAAGCGUAUGGUCCCAAGUUCAAUCCCUGGUACCAAAAAAAACCCCACAAAAACUUUUAAGACUUAUGUAGCUUUGUGGGUGGUAUUUUCAUGCAAAUAAGUAAGGGUGGGUUUUAUAUUUUGUAGAAGUUUUGGGUCCUAUUUUAAUGCUCUUUGUAUGGCAGUAUGUAUAUAAUGUGUUAAAUUCCUCAAGAACCUCUCUUUAAAACUUUGAAGUUAAUACUUUUGUGCAACUGUGUUUUGAAUAAAGCCAUGACAGUGUUAAAAACAAAUUUUAAAAAUGCAGUACUCCUGAUCAUUCUUUUAUUGUUUCUGAUUAUUCCCAGUUUUUUCUGUGACUGCUGUAACUUAAAGUUUUUGAAACUGAAUUGCUUCAAAUAAAUUGAAGAUUUGUUAUAAUGA